UUAAGUUAAAAAUGACAGACGAAAAAGAGAAGGUCAAAAGAUUAAGACGAAUACUUUGCUCUGUUCUCGAGAGUAAACAGGCUGAUCUUCGGGAAAUACUUCAGCAUGGAUAUCUCACUAACUUUUCUGAACUCAUGCUUUCCGCUAAACUUAUCAAUAAAGAGGUUAACAGCAAGCCCGAUUUUGCCAACAUCAUCGGCUCGUAUAUAGCCCUUAUGAAGUGGAAGGAAACUCAGGAUCAGCUUGAAAGCCAUUGCUAUAUAUUCCUUGAAGUUCUAAAUAGCCUUAGCUUGGAUGUGGUGGCACGAACAAUAAAGGAUGCCUGGAGAUGUGAGGUUUGUAGUGAGCUUGGCAUUACAAUAUUAUUGGAAAAGCCUUUACAAGUCAACCAAGACAUACAGCAUGCACCUGUUUAUGCACCUUUCUAUUGGGUAUCAUCUGCUCAACUCCCUGCCCUCAGACAGCAAUACUAUCCUGUACAACCACCUAAGACAUCGCUAGAAUUAGAAAAAAACUUGAGACGUAAUUCAGAAUUAUCUGAGAGACUUACGUCAAAAGUCGCACAAAAUCAAAGAACACAGUCCAGUAACAGCCUAGCUGAAACAUGGUCUCAAGAACUUCACCAGCGUCAGCCCCCAUCACCACCUGACGAUUAUACUUCUUUUGAAACUACUCAAACCUCUGAAAUUGGUGUCAACAAUGAUACAUGGCUUACGCCACAGAACCCAGCUCUUUGUGGUUUGAAAAUGGUCGCUCCUAAUAGUAUUGAAAAUAAUAUUAUACAACGUACUGAUCCAGUGCCAUUGGUCAGAGGAGGAGGAGGAUCAACUUCUGAUCAGUAUAAUUACUCUGAAGUUAUUCCAGGGUCUGACAUUAUACCACCACCUCCUUCCAUGUAUUAUGGUGCAACUUUUCCAUCUCGUUCGUCUACCAAUGACACAGCCACUCCUCUUGUUGUUGAUAACUCACCACACCCACUAUCAACUAACCCAGUUCAAUCUAGACCGGUACGUCUUUCCCUUACUCAUGGAAAAUCACACCCACCUUCUCCAGCAGUUAAUAGAGGCAUAACCGCAUCACCUUCCUCAGGACAAAGUAUUAGUUCACAAGGACAAAGGUUCCCUUAUCUAGCUACUGAUAGCUCUUCUCCACUCAAUCCAGAGGUCAGGCGGUCAUCUAUACAGCAAGAAAUAUCAAGGCCAUAUUCACAGGAAGAUAAAGAGGACAAAGGAGGGAAUGUUGAAAUGGUUUCAGGGAGCUCAAAGAGUACAAGUACUAUUAAAACAUCUGACGUUGCUAGUAGUAAGCUAUCUUGUGCUCGUUGUAUUGAGCAUAUUCAAGAGAUUAGUGAAAGAGAUAAGCGUAUAGCUACACUGGAAGAGAAGACAUCACUACUAUUAGAAAUGAAAAGGGAGAAAUGUACUCAGUUGCUCGAGAUAAAGGUAGCUUUUGCUGUUUUAUUUGUUAUUCUUAUUGUUGUCAUUGCUUUUCUUGCUGUUGUAUUGACAAUGAGCAUGUUUCCUCAUCCUCCACCUCCUCCUCCUAAUUUUUAUUCCUGUCUCUAGCACCAAAUGGUAAACAGUCAUAAUUUUUUCUAUUUCUGUAUUUUUUGUAUUUAUGUAUUUUUUAAAUAAAGAUAUCAAAAUUCAAAAAGCUUGAUAGACUAGAUAGCCCCUCCCACCAGCAUGGCUGCCUUGUUGUGUAGAGUGAAAAGAACUUCAGUCAGCUUCUCAAAGAAUUUAAAGCUACUAGUAAACAACAGGCUCUAUGCUCUCAGUCGAAGCAACACGGAUGCAUAUAUAAGUAAUGGAGUUAAUGAUUGUCCAAAAAGUUGUCUUUGUUCAAACGGGAUUCUCAUCGAUUACAAAAAUGUCCAGCUCCUAUCACAGUUUGUUUCGUCACAGACCGGAAUGAUGUAUCCCAGAACAUACACUAAGAUUUGUAUGAAAAAACAAAAACAAUUGGCAAGGGCUAUCAAAAGAUCACGGACAAUGGGUUUUAUGCCAUACACAUACAAAAUACCAGAGUAUUUAAAUGAUCCAAAAUUAUUCUGAGGCUCCUCCUCCUGUUCAAAAGGUGAUGGAGCUAGUUGUAGAAACUCAUUGAUCUUGUUUGCUAUGUCUUUAUGUAAUCUGUAAAUAAAUAAAAGGGAGUAUCGUAUCGUUAUUUAUUAAUCGUUUUAUAAUACUAACUGCUUGUUUCCA